AUGAGGAAAGCAUCCGGGGGACCGUACCUUAUCGAUGCUGCGCUGAAUCUCACUGACUGUGUUUUUUACGGUGUUGACUGGAAGGGGCGCCGAGUUCACGCAAACGACUUUGAGGAGGUCCUUCGGCGGGCGGAGGAGCAGAACGUGAAGCAGAUGGUUAUCACCGGCACAAGUCUCGUGCAAUGCGUGAAGGCCAUACGCCUUUGCCGUCGUUACCCUUUACAGCUGCGCUGCACCAUUGGGAUUCACCCCGCCCAUUCUGCUGAGCUGAUGCAGCCAAUAGACUGGGCGAGUAUCGAGAAGGCUGCUGGUGAUGAGGCCUCGAUUCAGAUACCGCAACCCCCUCCUCCUUCCACCGAUGCCGCAGAAGCGGGCAAGUGCACGGAGGAGCGAUUGAGCAAACUUGUGGAGUUGAUUGAGGCAAACCGGGAUGUCGUUGUGGCUGUGGGAGAAAUUGGCCUUGACUACGCCGAACUCGCACACUGUCCGCGAGACGUUCAGCAAAAGUACUUUGUUCAACAGCUCCGUGCUUUUCGAUUGCUGGGGCUGCCGUUUAUUUUUCAUUCACGCGACUGUGGUACGGACUUUGUGCGCCUCCUCGAGGAGGAGCAGCUGUCUUGGCCUGUUGAUACUCCGUUUCUCGGUGUGGUACAUAGCUUCAACGGCCCCCUCGAGGAACAGCAGCGUCUGCUGGUAAUGCCUGGCAUCUACUUUAGUAUCAAUGGAAGCGCCUUCAGGGAGAAGAGCACUGCGGAGCAGAUUUGUCGUCUUCCACUGGGGCGAGUUAUGCUAGAGACAGAUGCACCUUGGUGUGAUAUUCGAAAGCAGCAUUACGGGGCGAAGUUUGUGCGAACGCACUUUGCGACGAAUCGCAAGGGAGGGCCAUAUGUGGCAACGCUGUGUCAUGAGCGUCGCAAUGAGCCCUGCCAUCUGCGGCAGGUGCUCGAGGCGUACGUGGGCGCACUGCAUGAUUUUGGUCAGGAGACUGCAGAUGUGACAUUGCAGGAAAUCACAGAGGAAGAGGUCAUGAGGCGUGUUUACGACAAUUGCGCCACUGUCUUUCGACUUCAAUAA